GUUCGAUGUGAACUCGCGAGCGGCCAACACGUAAGCGGCGCGUUGUGCAGCUGAGUUAAAAAAGCUAGUAGCAAAACAAAUACAAAAAAACACCAACAACCAACUCGAUAAUAGGCAGCGGCGCAACUGAAGUGUGAAUUCAUAUUGAGGUUAUGUAAUACAAAAAAAUAGAGAAAAUCGCGAAAACAAAACGCAGCUGCAUUAGUCAGGUCACACGCUCACCUGAAAAAAAAUAAAAUAGUUAAUUCCAAGCACGCGCAUCGUUUAAGUACAUUACGCAUUCGCUAUGGAGGAAUCGAACAAUCCAGCGCAGGCGCAGGCGCAAAGUCAUCCUUUGGAAGAUGUUUCCCUUAAUGGAAACGAAGACGACAAGCAGACGCCCAAAAAUUGGGUUAAAUUCGACGACGAGGCGGAUAGCGGUGAAAAAAACAAUAACAGUAACGAAGGCAAUGCCACACAGCAACCACAACAACAGCAGCCGCAGCAGCAACAACAAAACAAGUUAACUCUGCCGCCACCGCCGUCGGUGGUUAGUAGCAACAACAACAGGCGGGCGCGCUCGCGCAGUCCCUCCGCAACAACAACAACACCUGUCCAGCGCCCAGCCGUUUCCUCCACCACAGCUGGGACACCGGGCGAGGUGCAAGCUCAGGCCUCCUUGCCGGAUGUGGCACCCGCUGUUUUGACAACCGAGAGCACGCACGUUAAUCUGAGUGCAUCCGGCAGCGGCAUCGUCAGCGGAGCAAGUGCAAAUACAAGUGCAAGUGCCAGUGGAUCUGCAUCUGGUCCGGUCCGACAGCAGCUAAUAAACCAAAAAGCCUCCGCUGCCGCCUCUCCAUCACCGGCUGCAGCGACAUCUUCUAGCCACCAUCACAAUGGUGGUGGCGCCAACGGAACUGGAAUUAGCCAGCCGGCGGAUCAUAGUUCCGGAAUGCGCACAAUCGAACUGUCAACGGGUCGCAUUCGCGAGGGAUUCGCAAAUGGCGAUGUGAUUGUCACCCUUCUUCCGGCCAACACGAAAUGGCCAUGGAUUACGCCUGCCAUAUUUCGACCGGAGCUGGUGCCCGAAGAGCUGAUGGCUCAGGGGUUGACGCUCACCGUAGAGGACUAUGUGAAUGCAAUGGAGACGUUGGUCAACGACUACCGCUUCACCGUGUACAACAUUUGCUAUAAACGCAUCCUGGUCUGCUGGAUCCUGUUCGCCUUUACGGUUUUGCUGGCUCUGCUCUUCUCCGGUCUGCAGGGAGUGGCCCUGUUUGCCCUAGGUGUUGGGUGGCUCUUUCUGAACGCAGCUGCCAUCUUUCUGUGCAUGUGGGUGAAGUUGCGCCUGUCUCGAGGCCUUGAAAAAUGCCUGGCCCGCGUGAACCGGCAGCUUAUGCGCCACAAGAUCCUGUUGGUUCUGGAUGAUCGAGGUAGAAUCUCGUGCCACAAGGUUAACCUGUGCUUUAUGUAUUUUGAUGCUACCCAAUGCGUAAACUUCCUGAAUGAGUUCUUGGAGCACACGGAACAGACUGGAGGAGAUGCUAUUAAGGCAGGUUGGGAGGCGAAACUGGACAUUGACCUCAACGAUAUUGUUAUCCAGGGCAGCCAGCCGGUGCGAAUGCCCCGCAAGCAGGAGCGCGGUCUGCAGCUGUUCCUGCGCUAUGGAUCCCGCUGGGGCAUGGAAGCCCUCAGGGGUCUGGUGGAUGUAACCCCCUUGGAGCCGGGACGCCACUGCGGACAGUUCCAGUGCCCCUGCCAGUACAUCAAAGAGCACCUGCAGUGCAAACCGCGAGGUGCGAGGCGAUUGUAUCUGUGCUAACUGCAGAUUCCCAGAUUACCUCCAGUUCGGGGAUAUUUUUUUGUUGCCAUGGGUAAGUAUAUGAGUUUUGGGGCGAUUUGAAAAAAGAAAAUCACUCAAACAGUUGUACUCUAACGAACCCAACCAAAUUAAAAACAAAACCCGAUUUCACGCUCCAAUAAAACAAAUUUAAACUCUUGCGGCAAAGGCGGCGUGUGGCUAGAAUGCGCCAUUAAAUUUCCCCCCUUCGAAAAUCUAGACCCAAAACAAAAACCCAAAACCCAAACCCAUUUGCCGUGAAACUCUCGAGGAACUCGUUAGCCCAACUGCACUCCAAUCGACAGCGAGUCAAAAGAGGUGCAGCCGGUGGCCAAAGGCAUUCUGGCACCAGGGGCGCGUAAACUAAUCGCAAACAAACAAACAAACAAAUACUCGCACUCCAGCCCACUCGAACCCACACACAAUCAUUACGCUCAUUCCAAAAAACCAGAUCCGGGGCUCAUCAAAGUUUCGCUAGCUUGCUAGCUACUAGCUGCUGCUGCAUUUUUCGGAAAUUCAAUUCAUUUGUGUAAUUUUCAUUUGAAUUACAGCCAUCAAAAGUACCAUGGUUAGAGGAGGGGGCGGCCAUUCCGGUGGGCGUAGCAAGCGCUGAUGGCCCGCACUUUGAGCGCUUUCUAAGGAAGAAUGCGAAAAUGGUUUCCCUAACUGAUGUAAAUUUUAAGUUUUUGUUUAAUUAUUUUUAGUUUUCUUGUUUUUGAAUUUUGUUUCUUUUUGUUGAAGAAUAAAUUUGUGUCUCUUUUGUAA